CCGACGGCCGCCGACGGCCGGCCCAGGGCCGGCGACGGCCGAGGCCGCGCGCCCAGGCUCGCGAGACGGACGGCGCGCGGCUGCGGCAGAUGCAGCGGCACCACGGCGUGCUCGGCGCCGUCGAGGCGCAGAUCGGCGAGGAGCGCGCGGCGGCGGAGCGUGAGCUGCAGGCGCUGGAGGCGGAAACCCAGGAGAUCUACAGCGCCGGCGAGGCCGAGAUCUUGCGUCUCGGCGCCGAGCGCGACGCCACGGCGAGGAGGGCCAGGGAGCGGUGCGAGGCCAUCCGCGACGAGGCGGAGCGCCGGUGCCGCGAGCUGGGCGCGCUGGAGCGCGAGGCGCUGGCGAGGCUGCGCCAGGCGCAGGCGCGGGAGGAGGCCCGGCGGGCGUCCCGCGUCGCGGAGGCCGAGGAGCGCCUGGAGGAGGCCCGCGGGUUGCUGGCGGCAGCGGUCGAGACCGCACAGGUGAGCGUUGCCGAGAGGGUGAAGGCGCUCGCUGGCGAGUGCUCAGCCGCGCGCGCGAACCUGCUGGACACCCGCGAGCGGCUGGACGGGCACGUGCGGGCCGAGAUAGACAGGCGGCGCGGCGAUACCGAUCUGGUCGACAUCAGGCUGGACUCCAUACUGCGGGGGCAGCAGGCGGAGGCUGGGUACGUGCGGGAGCUGGAGGAGCUGGCCCAGAAGCUGCGGCAUGCGGGCCCGUUCGCCGAGACCCGGCAGCAGGAGGUGGAGCUGGAACCAUCUUGAGUUUGACGCGUAGCUGUUGGUAGCCUGAGGCCGCCCGGCAGCUUUGCAGCAUGUGCGCCUGCUGCGAGCACGCCGUGGGCAAAGCUCUGGCUACUGUUGGCCAGAAUGGAACCCGCACCGGCCCGAACGUUUGACAGCGAGGCAGUGUGUUGUUGGUUCCCGAGGUAGAGUUCUGGACGG